AUGGAUGAUAGAGUUGCACUUAGAGUAUAUUAUUUUGGUCAGAUUCUGUUACAAACAUCUGAAGGAGUGAGAUUUAGUUGCGAGAAGCCGUUAGAUAUUGUUAUUCCGUUCACAAUCUCAUUUGAGGAGCUAAAAGGUGUGAUUUGUGAGAAGAUAGGUUUUGAGAUAUCCAAAAAAAUAUCAUGUAUGGUAUAUAGAUAUCCCAUACCGGUAUUUGGUGGUUUCGUGCAGUAUCAAACCAAGUAUGUAACCGACGAAGCGAGUAUGCAGGAGAUGUUUUCAAUGUAUUUUGAAACUCGCGGUCAGAUAUCGGUGAUAGAGUUGUACGUCGAAUUCGAACAAUCUGAAGCGGACCGAAAUAUUGAAGGGGAAGAAUAUGAUAGUGACAGUGAGGAAGAGUUUGAAAGCAAUUACGAAGCUGUUGCUCCAGACGGAGAAGAAGAUCAAGGUGACGGGGUGGUGGCUCCAAAUGUGGGAGACGUUGCAAAUGCACUCGCAAACGAAGAUCCCUUUGAGGAGCCGUCCUUCAUGCGGGUUCUGGACUUGGAAGCCAUGCAUGCGCCGGAGUUUCCGGAAUAUAUGAGUGCCGAAAUUCCUAUGGUCGCAGAUGGUGAAUUUGCAAUCGGAAUGGAAUUCAGUUCUAGGGAAGUUGUUAUGAUGGCGGUGAAAGAUUAUACCAUCCGAAGAGGCGUAGACUACCGUGUGUAUGAGUUGGAGCCGUUGACCUUCUAUGCGAAGUGUACACAGUAUGGAUCAGGGUGUGAUUGGCUUAUCAGGGUUAGCAUGAUCAGCAGAAAGUAUUGUUGGGUUAUAAGGAGGUACAACGGUUCUCACACUUGUACUAGAGCCACUAUUUCUCAGGAUCAUUCAAAGCUGGAUUCGAACACAAUUGCAGAAGCAAUAAAGCCGUUGGUUGAGGCUGACCCGUCGAUAAAGGUGAAAUCAGUUAUUGCGGAAGUGCAGUCGAAGUUCAAUUACACCAUCAGCUAUCGGAAAGCAUGGUUGGCGAAGCAAAAAGCAGUGAAAAAAAUAUUUGGAGGUUGGGAAGCAUCAUAUGAAGCUUUGCCUAUAUGGUUUGAGGCCAUGUGUAACAAGGAGCCAUCAGCAAUCGUCCAUUUCGAGACUAUGUCUGCAUAUCAAGGUGAUGAGGAAGUAACUGAUAUCCGGGUAUUGCACAGAGUCUUCUGGAGUUAUUACCCCUACAUUAGAGCGUUUAGACACUGCAAGUCAGUUGUCCAGGUUGAUGGGACUCACUUGUACGGAAAGUAUAAGGGUUGUUUGUUGGUCGCAGUUUCACAGGAUGAUAACAAUAAUAUCGUCCCUAUUGCGUUUGCAAUUGUGGAGGGGGAGACUUCUGAUGCAUGGCACUUUUUCCUUAGUAACCUGCGACAACACGUUGUGACUCGGGAUGGUGUGGGACUGAUUUCUGACAGGCACGAAUCCAUCAAUGCAGCUGUGGCCCGGAGCAACGGAGCUUGGUCGCCCCCGAGAGCAUUCCACAUGUUUUGCAUCAGGCAUAUAGAGUCGAACUUUUUGAGAAAGUUCAAGGCACCGUACCUGCAAAAACUUGUGGUCAAUAUAGGUUAUUCGAGGACGGUGCGCGAGUACGAAGUGCGCUACCAGCGUUUACGUGAACGGGGCGAGGCUUAUACGAACUGGCUUAACCGAAUCCCACGCGAACAGUACGCGUUGGCGUAUGACGGUGGCUACCGCUGGGGUCACAUGACGACAAACCUAGUGGAAUGCAUCAACUCAGUGUUGAAGGGUGCACGCAAUCUUCCGAUAACUGCACUUGUCAAAGCCACAUUCUACAGGCUUAACGAGUUGUUCACUAGAAAAAGAGCCGAGGCGGAGUCGCGGAUAACAGCUGGACAUGUUUUUUCUGAGGUUGUCACGUUGAAAUUGAAUGCAAAUCAACUUGCAUCAUCAAACAUCCAGGUUAAUUGCUUCGACAGGAUGAAUGAGGUCUUCGAGCGACUGGAUUGGCGAGUGUAUGUCCACGAAGUUUACAAGAUGGACCAAGUUCGGAGGGUUUACCGAGCUAGGUUUCGGCCACUGGGGAAUCCCACAACGUGGCCUGUGUACAGCGGCCCUCGAUUUGUCCCGAAUCCGAACCUGAGACGGGUGACGAAAGGUCGCCCGAGGAUGACACGUUUCUUGAACGAAAUGGACACACGAAUGUUACGUGCUCCUAGGCGUUGUAGGCAAUGUGGAGCCGAGGGACACAGCCGAAGUAGAUGCCGUCGGUCAGCCGGUGUAGGUCCCAGCAACCCAGGACAGUAG